GCAAGCUUGCUUGCACUCUACAUCCUCCCCCUCCUUUCGUGUGUGUGAUGCUGGUCUCAGGGGUGUAGCUCAGACACUGCAGUAGAAGGUAGGGCUUGGCUGCUGCACUAUACAAUGCGCUGAAAGAUGGUGCACCAGGAGAAAUGUGUUUACCAGGCCCAGAGGAAUGAGAGGGAGUCCAUUAGGCAGAAGCUGGCCCUUGGCAGUUUCUAUGACGACGGACCGGUUACCUUUACUGGCUGCAGCAAAGAGCAGAGCAAAAACUGCCUGUCCUCACGGUCAGUAAUGGGGGUGAAUCUACAGAUGUGCUUUGUGAAUGACAGCAGCAGUGACAGGGACAGUGAUGCAGAGGACAGCAGAACAGAGACCAGCUUGGACACCCCAUUGUCACCUAUGAGCAAACAGAGUUCCUCCCUGUCUGACCGGGAUACAGGAGAGGAAGACCUGGACUCAGAGGAUUCAGAAUUUUGGCGGAUACAGCGGCGGCUGCAGGAGGAGGCCCGUGUGGCUCUGGCGUUGGCCCGUCCCAUGGCCCGCAUGCAGGUGGAGGUGGAGAGACAGAUUCAGCUACACCGCAGGUCCCCUGUGGCAGACCUGUUACCACAUCUGCCACAUAUCAGUGAGAGUCUAAUGAAGAGGAAUCUGAGGCCUGUGGACCUGAGGGACAUGAGUCUCGGUCAGUUACAGGUCAUCACCAAUGACCUGCACUCUCAGAUACAAGGUCUGAAUGAAGAGCUGGUUCAGCUGUUGCUCAUGAGAGAUGAACUACACAUGGAACAGGAUGCCAUGCUGGUAGAUGUGGAGGAUCUAACCAGGCAUGCACAUAGCCAGCAGAGGCACAUGAUGGAGAAAUCUGUGACCAAGGGUAAAGCAGCUUGCCACGGUCGCUGUGAUUCUCCAUUUUGAGGCAAACAGCACAGGGUCCAACCUCUUGUGAUGAAGCAGUGUACUCACUACAGAUCCUUUUUUUUUUUUUUUUACUAGAUGUGUGUGUUUUUGCCUAUGUUUCAAGCUUUGUGUGGAUGUAUGUUAAUUAUACAUGCUAUAAGUGUUCAUGCAUGUCCGCACCUUAGCUGAGGGUUU